GAUUUUGGUUGAAACGACGAGCCGAUUCGGACGCGAUUUUUGUAUCGGGUUUAUUUAGGUUGUUACGUUCUCUUCGCGUCGUUUCUUGUUUCUUUGUUUCGUCGGAUUUUCGCGCGUGCAGCGAGCAAGGAAAACUAAUCAUACAUAAUCAUACAUUUUCGUGGAGCAAAAACACACGGCAAUGUAAAUGUUUGAUUAUAUUUUCAUUUAAAACGGAGCCAAACAACUGUGUACUUGUGUGAGUGUGUGUGCGUGCGGUGGCUGCGUGCUUGUGUGGAAAAGUGAAAAUGCUAUUUGGGCCAUAAUUGUAUUGAAAUUCUUAGCAACAACAACAAACCAAACCUCGAGUUCGUGGCAAAAAAUAAGUUCGAAAAAAAAGACGAAAACCCCAACAAAAGGAAGUGAAAAAGUGAGCGGCUCAGGGAUUUUUUAUGCUGUGCUCCAAGUGAAAUAAAGUCUUUGGGAAAUAAUUAUUUAUUGUAAUUCCUUCGCUGAGGAAACAUACAAAAUAGAAAACAAAAAGAUAAUCUCCUGUCCCGCUCACACUUUCCGCCUGACCUCGGUUAUCAUAUGUUACCUCCCUGUUGUUCUUGUUGUUGCUUUGAAUGUGCUGCAACAUUUUUGUAUUGUUGCCAUGCUGAAAAGUUGUUUUCAUCCCCGUGUAAAAAUAGUUUCAAACAAAAAAUAUAAAACAAAACCCCCACGAAGGCAAGGAUAAAAUAACCGCAGGCAAUUGAAUUGAUCGAAAAACAAGCAUAAAUCCACGUCUACGAUUUUAUUGGAAGAUCAUGGCCUCUGCAACUAAGGGGUCACCCUCAAAAAACGUAACCAGGUGCUAGAAUCAACUUUUCGUUAGCUUGGUAGAUUGCAAUUGGAAACAAAGUUCACUUUAACUGAGAUAAAACGCAGAGAAUCCACACAUAUCCGGCGUAGAUCGUGGCCAGGCCGAAGAAUUUAAUCUGAUGGUUGUGGCUCGCGAAGAUGCCUUCAGCGAACACGGAAGACUUGCGGCGAAAGUUUCUAGUAGUGCAGCAGCAGCGCUCCGCACCGCCCAAUCUGACCGGGGACACACUGUCAUCGGGAAUUCCGAAUGCCAGUGCCAGCUCGGCCACCACCAGCCUGAUGAUGACAACGUCUACGGGUCUGGGCGGUGUGGCCAUGGGUGCGGGAGAGCCGGAGCGUACGUAUGUCUUUCCAGGCGGCAAUCCGGUCGUAGGUAGCGCACCUGGUGGAGGAGGACAAGGCAUUCCCGGAGUGGCGAUGGCAGCUCCAUCGCGUGGUCAUGCCCGCUCAAUUAGCCAUGGCGGAGGAGCCAUUGUUGGAGCCAAUGGGCGACCCAUUAAGUCGGCCAUGAAGGGCCACCAGCGAGCCUUUUCGCAGGGACAAAUCACAGACUCACCACCCGGAAGUGCUGCGCCCGCGGGCAGAGGUCACAGUCGCGUGGGCUCCAAGACGGAUUUCAUUCUUCCACCGGGUCACAAGGAGGAACCGGCAAGGGAACCCUCGGCGCCCACAUCAGCGACCGGUGGGCGUGGCCAUUCGCGGCAAGCAUCGCGAUCCGAAUCCAUAUACACACUCCGGCGGACGGAGGCACCGCCCUGGUGGAAACGCCUUACCCUGUGCAAUUACAACACCGGCGACAAGUUCGAAGAGCGAAGCUAUCGAACGGUGGUUCCCAAUCACACAGUGCCACCGAAGACCCCAAAGAGGGAUCAUCCCAAUGGUCAGUUUGUUGGCAACAAGAUACGGACAACGAAGUAUACGCUGCUCUCGUUCAUACCGAAGAAUCUGCUGGAGCAAUUCCAUCGUGUGGCCAACUUGUAUUUCAUUUUCAUUGUCCUGCUGAAUUGGGUGCCGGAAAUAAGUGCGUUUGGCAAGGAGGUGGCCAUGAUACCGGUCCUCUUCGUCCUGGGUGUGACUGCUGUAAAGGAUCUCUUCGAGGAUCGGAGAAGAAGGGCGUCCGACAAGAGGAUAAACAACACCACAUGCCGCGUUUACGAUGGAGAAACGGAGCGGUACAAGAAGGUGAAAUGGCAGGAGUUGCGUGUUGGGGACAUUGUCCACUUGUCCAACAACGAGACGGUGCCGGCGGACAUCCUGCUAUUGCGAACAAGCGAUCCCCAAGGGGUGUGCUACAUAGACACCUGCGAUUUGGACGGUGAAACGAAUCUGAAGCGGCGCGAGGUUGUACGUGGCUUCGAGGAAAUGCAGAGCAUUUUUGUGCCCAGCAAGUUUGUUAGUCGCGUGGAAGCGGAUGCGCCGACCACGAAGCUAUAUAGAUUCCAUGGGGCCUUAAUACAUCCAACUGGUGAGCGUGUGCCCAUAUCGACCGAGUGCCUUUUGCUGAGAGAGAGCAGACUGAAGAAUACGGACUAUAUCGAAGGUAUUGUAGUCUAUGCGGGACAUGAAACGAAGUCUAUGCUGAAUAAUAGUGGUCCAAGGUACAAGCGAUCCCAGGUGGAACAGCAAAUGAAUAUUGAUGUGAUAUGGUGUGUGAUAAUUUUGUUGAUAUUGUGCGUUGUUGGCGCUAUUGGAUGCAGAAUGUGGUUGAGCUCGUUUACCCAUUUCCCGGUGCCCUAUUUGCCCCCGAAUAAACUGACUGCCAAUAUGGAGAGCAUGUGGAUUUUCUGGACGUACAUCGUCAUCCUGCAGGUGAUGAUUCCACUGUCGCUCUACGUGACCAUCGAGCUGUGCAAAAUCCUGCAGGUCUUUCACAUCCACAACAAUGUCGAUUUAUUCGAUGCGGAGACUAACAAGCAAACGGAAUGCCGGGCGAUGAACAUAACCGAGGAGUUGGGACAGAUCCAGCAUAUAUUUACAGAUAAAACAGGUACUCUCACAGAGAACAAGAUGAUCUUUCGACGAUGCGUUGUCAAUGGAUCGGAUUACAAUCAUCCGCCAUCGGAGCUUGAAAAGAUAUACUCUAAGCCAGGCGCACCAGCGCCACCACUGAUUCCGAAUGAUAAUCUAAAUAGCGACAUGGCACAACUUACACAAGGAACAUAUCUCACACCUCAUGCGCAGCGCAUUCAAGAAUUUCUCGUGGUACUGGCCAUCUGCAACACGGUUAUCGUGGGUGCCGCCCCUCAUCGAGAUAUGAUGAAUGCCAGUGGGAUUAUCGAAGUGCAGCAAAUAGGAAACAGUCCGGCGAAUCUUAAGCACGGCAAGCAGCGACAGAAGCUGCUGGCCAGUAGCACAAGUACGACCACGACGACGACUAUAAUAAAUGGACCUACGACACAGCCGCAGGUAGUGUCCAUUCCAGCGGAUCGUUAUAUCAGGCUGGCUGAGUCACGAUCGGUGACUCCUUCUCCACCUCCCAAUCUGCUUUUUGCGUUGCCGGCUCAGAGCCAUCAGCCAACGCUUUCGCCUAUCAGCAGCUCUGCUGAAUCGUCACCGAAUUCCGAGUCUGAAUCACCAUCACCGCCGAUGAAAAACAAGUCCCUUUCCAACAGUAUUUCGCCCACCGGCAGGGCCAAGGCAGUCAUUAACUCCAAGAUUACCAGUAUAGCAACCUUUCUGAAUGCCAAAACUCAGGGAAAGCGAAUGAAGUUGCCUUCAUCCAAAACGGGAACGAUUUACAGAACCGCCGAUGGGCGACCGCUCUACGAAGCCGAGAGUCCUGAUGAGUUGGCCCUCGUGAAUGCAGCCUAUAGCUAUGAUUGCUGCCUACUUAAUCGCAGUCCCAAUCAGAUUUUGGUCAGCAUGCCAAUGGCGGGAGCCACAAGAGAGUACGAGAUACUCAAGGUGCUGCCCUUUGAUUCCAGUCGCAAGUGCAUGUCAAUUGUGGUUCGACAGAUUGGCAGUCAGGAGAUUGUGCUGUACACCAAGGGCGCAGAUAGCUCUAUCAUGCCCGUCUUGGUGCCUUGCUCGCAUAACAGUCCCGAAGGCAUAUUGCGAGAACAGACCCAGCAACUGCUAGAUCGGUAUGCCCGCGAAGGUUUGCGCAUCCUAGUAAUGGCCAAACGGACUCUGAACUCUGCCGACUAUACGGAUUGGUGGGCGCGGCAUCAGGAAAUCGAGAUGUCGUUGGAGAACCGCGAACGAAGAUUACGUGAUUCAUUCGCGAAGCUGGAAAGCAAUCUGACUCUGUUGGGAGCAACAGGCAUCGAAGAUCGCCUACAGGAUGGAGUGCCGGAGACGAUAGCCUCGCUUCUCUCCGCGGGGAUUUCAGUUUGGGUUCUGACUGGUGACAAGCCCGAAACGGCCAUAAAUAUUGCCUACUCUGCAAAGCUAUUUACCCAGCAAAUGGAGCUCAUAAGGUUAACAGCACGAUCCCGCGAUGCUGCUGAAACAGCCAUAAAUUUCUAUCUGACUGAUAUGGAGAAUGACAAGACAACAUCCACGUUAGGCUAUGGCCAGUCGUUAAGAAAGAAACAACGCGCAUUGGUAGUGGAUGGAAAGACCUUAACAUUUAUCCUUGAUCCAAAAUCCAAACUAAUCCUGCCUUUUCUGCGGCUGUCUAAGCGGUGCGCUUCGGUACUCUGCUGCCGAUCCACUCCGCUGCAAAAGGCCUACCUAGUCAAAGUGGUUAAGGAGGAGCUCAAUCUGCGAACCCUGGCCAUCGGGGAUGGCGCCAACGAUGUGUCCAUGAUCCAGAUGGCAGACGUGGGCGUUGGAAUCUCUGGUCAAGAAGGCAUGCAGGCCGUCAUGGCCGCCGAUUUCACAUUACCCCGCUUUCGUUACUUGGAGCGCCUACUCUUGGCGCACGGCUAUUGGUGCUACGAUCGAUUGUCCCGCAUGAUUUUAUACUUUUUCUAUAAGAAUGCUGCCUUUGUCUUUCUGAUAUUCUGGUACCAGUUGUACUGUGGAUUUUCUGGCCAAGUGAUGAUGGAUCAGAUGUACUUGAUGCUGUAUAAUUUAAUAUUCACCUCGCUGCCACCAUUGGCCAUUGGAGUGUACGACAAGCGUGUGGCCGAAGAUCUCCUGCUAAAAAAUCCAUAUCUCUAUAAAAAUGGUCGACUGGGCGUAGCUUAUAGACCACACGACUUUUGGCUAAUACUACUGGAUGCCCUCUAUCAGAGCCUGGUCAUAUUCUUCGUGGCGCUGUGCGCCUAUGCGGAGAGUGAUGUAGGAAUCUGGGAGUUUGGUACGACGAUAACGGCAUCCUGUCUCUUCGCCAACCUCGUACACUGUGCCAUUGAAAUACGUUCCUGGACUGUGCUGCAUGUCUUAUCCAUAGUGCUUAGUCUAGGUUCCUUCUACCUCUUUGCGAUCGUUUACGAUUCUGUGUGCAUGAAUUGCUUCGGAGUCCGGUCGUCAUACUGGGUCAUCUUUGUGUGCUUUGCCUCCGCUGUUCACUGGCUAGUGAUAAUGCUCUCCACAGUGGUGGCAGUUCUGCCACGCCUGCUCCUAACAACAGUGCGCAUUUCGUUGUGUCCCGACGACAGCACCAAAGUUAUUCUGCAAAGCAAACGGGAGCGCAGCAGAGGUGAGGCUUUGUUAGUUACUUGGUCGCGCUCCACGUCAGCCUCAUCAAUCUAUAGAAUCACCGAUUAUGGGUCUAAGAAUCAGAUUAUAACAACGAUUACCUGAUUAAGCGCCAAAAUGCAAUUCUUCGGCUAUCUCAGCGGCAACUAAAAUAAGGAAGACGACUAGCAACCCCCAAAACUUGUACACAUGUGCUUUCGCUCUUAAUAUGUGGCCUUCGACACCGAUUAUUGAUAAUAUUGCGUUAGUUUAGUUAAUCCACUUAUCUUAAAAGUACUUAGUAAGCAAUUCAAAUAAUUUGUUUAGCGAAUGAUUGAGUAAGCGCUUAGAUUUCCGAGUUAUCUAUCUGAAUAUUAGUUAAACUGUUUGCCUUAACACUAGAAUGAAAGCAAUUGCACAAUUGCAUGUAUGUCAUAGUUUACAUAUUUAUUUGUAUAAAACUAGGGAGCCAGAAGUGCUCGAGAAUUGAACCCAACCUAACCGACUAUUGUUAAAUAGAAGCGAAAAUGCAAUGCUUAUUUAUGUGUACGAUUAUUUAAACUAGCGACUAAUAGAUGUAUCACCCUAACAGAAAUACUUGACAAUUCAAACACAACAGAACUCCAUUGCGAGUUCGAUGAUAAGGCUGUGAUUCUACACUCAUGAAGGAUAUACCUAAGCAUAUGAUAUAUAUAUACAUACACAAACCUAUAGACCUUAGAUGUUAGUUGCAUUGAUUCAAGUAUUGACAGAAUUGUUUCUCACCUUCUGUUUCUUAGUUUGUUGUGUAAACAAGAACAUUUUUUACUUUUUUAUUGAGACCAUGCAAUGACAAGUUGUAAUAAUCGAUUGUUGUAAUCUAUUAGUUGUACUAAACCAAUUAAUCUACUUGUAGUCCUCUUCAAAAAGAAUACAAUAAGAUAAACUCUAAAUGCAAUUCGAAAUUAACUGGGUUUGUUAAGAGAAUGAAUACCAGAGAGCAAAAAUUGUUAGCUGAAUAUUUACAUUGUUGAAAAGCAAGAAAUCAUUAAAUGAAAUAAAUGUAUAUUUACCU